AUGGCACCCCUCAAAUCAUGGCUAUCCAUUCCCCCAGACAGUGAUUUCUCCCUCUCCAAUAUCCCCUUUGGUAUCAUAAACUCCAAGAACAACCCAACCGAAAAGCGUCCUGCAAUCGCAAUCGGAAACCACGUCCUUGACCUCAAAGCCUUCUCCAAAGCAAAUGGCUUCAGCGGCCUCCCAUCCCUCAAAGAUCCCCUCACAAUCUUCUCCCAACCAACCCUGAAUGUAUUUGCAGCUCUGGGCCAGCAAACACAUAACUCCGUCCGCACAUAUAUCCAAGACAUCUUCUCAGAAUCCACGUCCAACCCGCAAAUCCUAAAAGACAAUGCCUCGUUACAAAAAGAGGCUCUCUUACCAAAACAUGAGACGAAAACCCAUCUCCCAAUGCAAAUUGGCGACUACACUGAUUUCUAUGCCGGCAAGAACCAUGCUUUCAACGUUGGUUCCAUGUUCCGCGACCCCGCCAACGCCCUACAACCAAACUACACACACCUCCCCGUCGGCUACCACGGCCGCGCCUCCAGCGUCGUCAUAUCCGGGACACGAAUCCGGCGCCCCAACGGGCAAAUCCUCCUCGACAAGACCGCGUCCCCCCCUCAUCCCAUCCUCUCCCCCUGCCGGAACCUCGACAUUGAACUCGAGCUCGGGUGUUUCCUCUGCGCCUCCAACCCACUCGGCACCCCGAUCCGCAUCGGGGCAGAAGCAGAAGCAGCCAUCUUCGGCUUCGUGCUCAUGAACGAUUGGAGCGCGCGCGAUAUCCAGACGUGGGAAUAUGUACCGCUCGGCCCGUUCAACGCGAAGAAUUUCGGCACCACGGUUAGCGCGUGGGUUGUGCUGCCGAGUGCGUUGGAGGGCUUCCGGGUGGAGAAGAUGCAGAAUGGUACAGGGGUGUUGCCGCAUUUGAGGGAGGCGAGGGAUGAUAGCGUGUAUGAUAUCCAGCUUGAAGUUGAUCUGACGACGCCGGAAGGCGAUACGACGAAUAUCAGCCAAGUCAGUGGCAAGCAUCUUCUGUGGAGUUUUCCGCAGAUGAUCGCGCAUCAUAGCAUUGGGGGAUGUCCGAUGAACGUCGGGGAUUUGCUGGGGAGUGGGACGAUUAGUGGGAAUAGUGAACGGGGAGGGGAUUUGGGGAGUUUGUUGGAGGCGUGUCAGGGGGGCAAGAAGGAGAUUAUGAUAAAGGGUAUGGAUGUAAGGAAGUUUUUGAAGGAUGGAGAUACGGUUACUAUACGCGGGGUUUGUGGGGAGGAUGGGGCGAGGGUUGGCUUUGGGGAGUGUGUGGGGACUAUUGAGAGUGCGAUUCAGGUUUAG